AGAGUGUAAACAACAAUUUUUAAUGGAUUUUGUUUUGGCUGUUUUUUGGUGCAGUUUGUCAAUCGGUUUUUCACAUUUGGAAAUUGUAAAAGAAUUUUAGUGCUUCAAAAUAUUGUUGUUGAAUCGAGUGCAACAUUAGUUUACAAUUUUUGUGGAAUGUUCGAUGGUGAAGAAUCACUUGAGGAAAAACUUCGAAAAUUCCGUCUUGAACGACAGACCGACUGCAAUCAAAUCAAGUCCACGGAAGAAGAACAAGAUAAGAGUGAUAUGAACGACCGACAAGGUAGUGGAUUUUCAAAAAGGGGUAGACAUCCUGGUCAUUUGAAGGGCAGAGAGAUUGGCUUGUAUUACGCCAAUCAACGUCGUCCUCAGAAUGUCAGCAUGGAAUCGGAAACUGCUGACCAUCCAGGUCCGUACCGUGCCGGUAAAAGACUCAGGCGUCAAAAAAUUCGUGAAAGAAUGGCAUACGAAAACGAUGGGGAUGGAAGGGAUUCCAGGAGAUUCAAGCAAUUUAAUGACAGCAGAGAUGGGGAAGUAGUUACUGGAGGAGAAGGACCUCCACCAGGGUUAACUGGAAGAGAACUUGGCCUGUACUAUCGCGAUCGUAAGACUAUGAAGAAAAAAGAAAAAGAGAAACGACGAACAGUGGAUAUAACAAUACCGAAUUGGCAGAUUCAAGAGAUUCGAACGCAACUGAAGCUAGUUGAUGGCUCAGAAAAUUUUGAUUUUUUUAAGUAUUUCAAAGAUAGCGAUAUAAAUUCUCCAUUUAAAAACGAAUACCUAAGAGUGAUAAACUCAAACAUUGAACAAAUUUUAGAAGGGGAAUCAUUACAGGAGAAUUCACCAAACGAUACCAUUCAGACUGAACGAAAACAAUUAUUGAAUGAACAACUGUACGAUAAAUUUAGACGAAAUGUUGGCAAUGCUGAAAUUAAAGCAUCUCGUGAAAAACUCCCGGCAUUCGGAUCUCGAUUCGAAAUCCUGGAUACGAUCAGCAAGCAUCAGGUGAUUUUGAUCAAAGGAGAAACGGGAAGUGGAAAGACAACACAAAUUCCACAGUUCAUUGUAGAUGACGCGAUAACCAAUAAGAAAGGAGCUGAUUGUCGGAUUAUUUGCACCCAACCGAGACGGAUCUCUGCAAUAACUUUAUCCGAGAGAGUGGCAACGGAGAGAGGCGAACGGCUCGGUCAAUCGGUAGGAUAUCAAAUUCGACUGGACGCCGUGAAGCCUCGAUCCGAUGGAGCCAGUAUAACUUUUUGCACGACAGGAAUAAUUCUAACUAUUCUGCAAAGUGAUCCAAUGUUGAAAGGAAUCUCGCAUCUAAUUCUUGACGAAAUUCACGAACGAGAUGUUGUUACAGAUUUACUGCUAGGAAUUGUUAAACUGGUGUUACCUUAUAGGAAGGAUCUCAAAGUAAUAUUGAUGAGUGCCACUUUGACUGCAGAUACCUUUUCGCGGUAUUUUAAUAAUUGCCCUAUUGUUGAAAUUCCCGGACUUAUAUUUCCAGUGCAAGAGAUCUACCUGGAGGAUAUUAUCGCAGAGCUAAAUUAUUACAAUUUUAACACUCCAAAGAGCGGAAUUUUCAAAAGAAACCGUUUUAACGGUACAUUUAUGGAUAUGAUGGAACCGUAUCUAGACUCCAUCAGAGAUCGCUACCCGCCUCGAGUAAUACAGACCAUAAACAAUCCAGAAAGUGAAACUAAUCAAGAUAAUCUAAUCGCUGAAUUGAUUCUUUACAUCACAGCAACGAAACCGGAAGGAGCUAUUCUCGUAUUUUUCCCUAGCUUGGCACAGAUAACCGAAGUUAACAAGCUGCUAGUGGCUCAUCAGCAGCUUCGAAAAUAUCCUACACUUAUCUAUCCGUUGCAUUCUAAAGUACCACAACUGGAUCAAAAAGCAGUAUUCUCUAGGCCUGCUCCAGGUACCCGAAAAAUCAUUCUUGCCACAAAUAUAGCCGAAACUUCAAUCACAAUCGAUGAUGUGGUGUACGUUAUCAAUACUGGAAGGCAUAAAAUCAACAUGUACGAAGAUGGAAUAGCAUCGUUGCGUGAUGAGUGGAUUUCACUAUCGAAUGAGAUUCAACGAAAAGGUCGCGCGGGACGUGUUCGGCCAGGUGUCUGCUAUCACAUGUACUCGCGAGCUCGUCGAAAUGUACUACUUCAAAAUACACCACCAGAGAUUUUACGCGUUGCGCUAGACGAAGUAAUCCUACAUAUAAAAAUACUGGGUCUGGGAGAAGUGCAUCGUUUCAUGGAUAAGCUGCUGGAUCGUCCUAGCAAUGAAGUAAUUGAUGAAUCAUUGAAACUGUUGAACCGACUAAAUGCAUUGGAUGACGAUCAAGUGCUAACUCCACUUGGCUACCAUUUGGCCCGUCUGCCAAUGGAUCCACGCACGGGGAAAAUGGUUCUGUUGUCUAGCAUUUUCAGCUGUACCGAUCCGAUCACGUCGAUUGCCGCAAGUCUUUCGUUCAAGGAUGCAUUCUACAAACCAUUCGGGAAAGAGAAGCAAGUUGACGCCGUGCGACGACGGUUUGCCGGAGGACAUCACAGCGACCAUCUAAUGCUGGCCAAUGUGAUACACCAGUGGAAUGCACGGACGGGCAGCAAUGCAAAUAGUUUCGCUUACGAAAACUUUCUCAAUGUAGCCACACUGAAGCAGUUGUGCAAUAUGAAGCAGCAGUUCUGCGACUAUCUGCAUAUGGCAAAAUUUUUGCAAAAUUCAGUCAUCGACGCACGAUGCAAUAACUUAAAUUCUGGAAAUGACAAGUUAUUGACGGCAAUAGUAGGUGCGGGUUUGUAUCCGAACGUGGCGUUCGUACGAAAGGUGAUUCGCAAACGAAACAGCCCCGACGGUAGGGCAAUCCUAGCUAUCGAAGGUCAGGGGCGUGCUGUGAUUCACCCGUGUUCGGUAAAUUCCACUUUAGCCGAUUUUGAGUCAAACUUUGUGGUUUACUACGAAAAGCAGAAAAUCUCAAGUUUGAAUAUGUUCGAUACUACAGUGGUAAAUCCGUUUCCUUUGUUCUUCUUUGGAGACAACCAUGUAGAGACGGAAGGGGAUUUUGAAUACAUUUCAAUAGCCGGCCACUAUGGACUAAGAUGUAACAAAGAAACCUACCGGUUGAUUCAGGAUCUCAGAGGAGGAUUCAAUGUAUUUCUUCAGAAGAAAAUUUGUCAACCGUCACCGGUCGAUUGGUCCUCCGAGGAAGGAACACUUCUAAGAGCUAUCAUUCAACUGAUUACAAUUGACGGGAAAUACGAGGACGAUUUUGGUGAUGAUGAGAUGCCAGCGGGUAGAAAUCCAGAAGAAAUUCCCCUCGAGGAAGAAGAUUAUUUUAAUUACUACGACAACGAUAAUUUGCUUCGCUUCGAUGAAGCUUCGACAAGUAGUAGACAUUAAUUCCAGUUACGGGAUGUAGCGGGAAUUCGUAUUCGUAUUGAAAUUAUUUACUUCACUUAGAUGAGUGUGCAUGAAAUUUUUGCGAAGCCACUCUGAGCCCACUCCGAAGACAGGGAUUAUGUCGCAGAAGAUUCAGCAAAUGAAAUGUAAUUUAUAUUUAUUCCAGUGACGAUUGUGUGUGCGCAAGUGUUUAUGUGGGCGAGAGAAAACGAGGAAAAAUCUGUGAAAUGAAUUGGAGCAAAUUGAAACAACUGGCUUUUGCUACGAUGACAACAUAUAGAAACUGCCAGUGGGGUGGAUUGUAGCAAAUCCGAAACGGUACGGCAAACAUGGAAUGAAAGGAAAUAAAAUCGAUGUUGUAGUGUAUUCUUUAUUAAGUUCAGUGUUGAAUAAAUGUAUUGAAU